CUCCCUAUGCUAGUUAGCUUUAACGGGGUAAAGCACGAAUAAACGGGUGAUGAGCGUUAUGACAACUGCAGCUACGCGGAUAAAAUUUACGGUUUUGACAGGCUGCUACAAGAGCUACAAUAGUAAGAUUUCCAACGGGGAAAAGAUAGCUACUCAACCUACCUCCAGACGUACUGACUUCUCAGUGUUGACAGUUUAGCUAUGAGGGUGGGACUAAAGGCAACUCUCAUUCCCAUUGGUCAAUGAAUGUAAAGUCGGCGCUCUCAUUGGCUAGAACAAUGUCAUUCCUCCGUACAGGAAACUGUAAUCCGGAUGAAAGCAUGUACAAACACGCAUGUUUUCUGAAGUGCAGUGAAGCGUCGCGGGGUCUCACUAUCAUGAGCUCGCCAAAAACAUCCGCGCCCUUUGUAACGAUCAGCCUGACAGUAUGGUUUAUUAUGCUGCUGGUCUGCCCUGGUCAACUGAGAGCGCGGCUUGGGACUACCCCCAACAUUAAACACAUUGUGGUUGGAAGGUGUUACAAUUACAUCACACUGGUUAACCCAAGCUUGAGGUUUGACUGUGAGGACAUCUGGAGACAGUUUGAGGAGGCGGUUGUCGGUCAGUCGUCGUGUAAUGUGACAGUGGAGGAUUAUGAUCAGAUGUUUUUUGCAAUGCCACAAACCCGGCCUUGUGAUAGGUUCCUCUUCUGGAGUAAAACCAGGACACUGAUGCACAGCUACGCAGCUGUUGUACGUCACUUCUGGACCCUGGAGGACACACUGGCUGGGUACAUGUUCAACGACCUCAUCUGGUGUGGACAAGAGGAAGACUCCGGUUUUGAUUUCAGUUCUUGUCCGGAGUGGUCAGCAUGUAGAAAUCAUCCAGUGUAUUCCUUGUGGAGGCAAGCCUCACAAAGCUUUGCAGAAAUGGCAUGUGGCAACAUCACUGUAUUACUGAAUGGGUCUAUUGUCAACGCCUUCAAUAGGAAAAGCAUGUUUGGGAGUGUUGAGCUGGACGGUCUGAACCCAGCCAGGGUGGAUUAUGUCAACAUAAAGGUGGUGACCAAUUUAGGGGGACCCUUCAUAGAAUCAUGUAGUGAAGGAUCCAUUGUAGAUUUGAUCCAGAUCCUCCAUUCAAGAGGUUUCCGCUGGACUUGCACAGACAACGACCAGACCCUGAUGAUCCUUCAGUGCAUCCACAACCCCACAGAGUCCUCCUGCCAAAUAUGUUCAGACAGCCUCUUACGCAGAAGGAGCCUCACACUUAACUGAAUCACCCACAGACCUUCCAUGUAGUCAGACCUGGUAUGUCAGUGAAGUGCAUUAAAUAAAACUGGCUGCUCAAAAGAUUUCCUGAAUUAAA